GGCGUGUUUCGACUGGAUCAGUUUCACAUCGCGCUCUCCCUCCUGCUGGGCACCCUCGCCACCCUCUUCAUUCCACAUGUGCCCGAGGAUUUUGAGUUUCUCUGUGCCGUCCUCGCCGUUCUAGUCAACUACUUCCCGCUGUGCGCCUUCGCUUGGAAGUUCAUCUUUGGUCUCAACGCUCUACUCAUGAUAUUGACGCCGCAUUCGGACUUCAACGACGCCUUAUCCCACCGUAUCGUCUACAUACCCGUCACCGUUGGCGCCUACAUCGGACCGGCGUUGAUUGUGGGCUUUUGGUUUGGUAUGGCGCAUCACUUCAAGUCGGGACUCGGACUGUGCAUUGGACCAGAUCUCCUGGGCUACCGCUGGCCUUUGCUUGCGCCAAUCACAGCAGUGGUGCUCUUCAAUUUCUUCGUUCUGGUUACAAUCGGUUUUGUGGUUCUGCGUAACUACCUCGCGAUUCGGCGCAGCCGCGUCAGUAAAUCCACGCACCUACUCGUACUUUUACAGCUUAUGCUCACCCUGGGCAUUCCCUAUAUGCUCAUUUACAUCCAAAUAAUCAGCCCAGUCUUCAUGCUUCUGAUUCUACCAAUCGGAAUCGCCCUCACGGCCGUCUUCAUGUUUUUAUUGGUUGCCGUCAUCGAUGAUAACGAAGUGACAGCUACCCCUGGGAGGUUCGCGUUUCUCUAUAGUUGGCACGUCGAAGCAGGCGCGGCCACGACCGCGUGCACGUGUGUGUGUGUUCGACCACAUGGUGCACUGAUUUCACGGACACGCGUUCAUGACUCAUUGGCUGGCUCAUCGUCUUCAACUCCCCCGUCCUCCACCCACUCACCGCAUCUGGCAGCCAUCACUGUCCACCUGACCGCACCUCCGUCUGUUCGAGCCGUCUUCUCGUUGGUUGUUCGCUUGAGAAUGCGGCGUCCGCCUCACCUCUUUCGUCAUCAACUUGUCAUUGUCCACUUGCGAGACACCAGAUGUGUGGGUGCUUCUCGUAACCUCAGUUACUUGAUGCCGGUGAAUUCGUCAAAUGUCGGCAAAAAAGUCUCGUGCUACCUGCAAGGUCUUGUUACAUUUGCAUUGAGUCUUCGACCAGUAACAUUUGCGAUUCCGCAUCUUCAAGUAUCUUCGAGACUGCUGUCCACGGAGCGGCUGGUCGCACACAUCGAAAUGACCACUUCUACAACGUCGUCAGCACCAAGAACACCACAGCUUUUGAGUCUUGCUGGAAUUCGUUUAGAACGGGCUGCCAUCGAAUGUGGUACUUGUCAGUUGGCAUCGUCGUAA